GUCGCCGUCGUCGCUGCUGUCGACGCCCCUAUACCCGUCUAUCUCACUGUCCAUCUCAGGUGACUCGUGGCCAUGGAUCUCGUCCUCAAUAUCUGUGACGACCUCAUUCUUGACAAGGUCUGGGCAAUCGUCCUGCCCGCCUCUGCUUUCGCCUCUUCCUCGAGUGCGGCGUACCUUCAGUCUGCAUUGAACGGGAGCACAUCACAUCUACCCAUCAUUUCUUCGGACGCCAGUAAAUGGUCACAACUAAUCUCAUACAUCCCUCAUCCUCCUAUUUCUGUGGGAGCACUCUCGCCUCUCGCAUCGUCGACAUUCGGCUCUGCUUGGCCGCGGGACUACGUACCUCGACAACUCAUCUCGCUCCUCGUCCUCACACUUAUCGGCAUCCACAUCCUCUACUUUACGUUCGCCUGGUUGUCAUAUAAAUUCAUAUUCAACCACGAGAUGAUGAAGCACCCCCGAUUUAUCAAGGACCAGGUCAAGCUCGAGAUCAAGCACAGCUUGAGGUCAUUCCCCUGGAUGACUCUCUUCACGUUGCCGUGGUUCCAAGGAGAGGUCAUGGGUUACUCGAAGCUCUACGACGACGUGAACGAGUAUGGCUGGGGCUACUUCGUGUUUUCCAUAGUAUGGUUCUUGAUGUUCACAGAUGUUUCCAUAUACUGGGUUCACCGGUGGGAGCACAAUCCGCGCUGGUACAAAUGGCUGCACAAGCCCCACCACAAGUGGAUUGUACCCACCCCAUUCGCCUCGCACGCGUUCCACCCCCUCGAUGGUUACUUGCAGUCUGUCCCGUACCAUCUCUUCAUUUUCCUCUUCCCGCUGCAUCGCAAGCUCUACCUCGGCCUGUUCGUCUUUGUGAAUUUCUGGGCCAUCUUCAUUCAUGACUCUGACAUGAUUACCGGGCACCCGCUUGAAAAGUUCAUCAACGGGCCUGCACACCACACGCUUCACCACCUCUACUUCACGGUCAACUACGGCCAGUACUUCACCUGGGCAGACCGCAUGGGCAACUCGUACCGGCAGCCGGCAUCCGAGCUCGACCCGAUCCACGAAGUCAAGGCCGCCGAGGCGAAGAACCAAAAGGCGGCACUUGGGAAGGAUCUCUGAGUGUCUGUGCCGCGGUGUAAUCUAUUACUAUUAGUGUUGCUAUUUGUUUUCGCGGCGGGCGUGGGAGGCGUUGAGGGGCCGUUCUCAUCACCUAUUACUUAUGCUGUAUUCUCCCGUCCAUUAAUUUCCCGGUGCUAUCGUCUAAACCACUCACCCCCAUUAUCGCUGCUCUCGUACCGGACGCAUUGCGCAAGACAGAUUCACUU